ACCAGUUAAAAUCUUGCCUGGGGCACCAACUCAGUUAGGGCCGGUUCUGCACUGAAAUACAUGAAAAACAUUAAAAAUAAUUAACUUUUUUAUUUUAAUAAAUUCUCCUUAAUUUACUUUAGAAUAUUGUUUACCUAAUAGGAGGUUUUGUUCAACCAAAAAGUUGCAACAGUGUUUUUUUCUUGGUGUACUUUGUGCUGGAUUGUCAAUCUCGCAUAUUCACGCGAGACUUCAUGAGAACACAGGGCGCGAAUUCGAUGAGUGGUCUGUUUGUAUCCCCUCCAUCUGGGCUGUGUGCGUUUACCUCCUACUGCCGAAGUUUCCUUUCACUUUCAGAAGUUUAGGAGCCAAAGAUGUCUAAAAGAAAAAGUAGCUCCGGCAUUUACAAACCCCACAAACGGGUGAGAGAGGAAGAGCCGGAGCCGGAGCCGGAGGAGGAGGAGGAGGAUGAAGAUGAAGAAGAGGUGGCCGAUGCAAAUGGAAAUCACAGUGAUGAGGAGGAAGAUGAGUUACUAAGCAGACAGAUGCUCCGUGCUGGAGAGGUGGUGAGUGAUGCAGGGAUUGUGGAGAGCAUCACUUUGAAGAACUUCAUGUGCCACUCCAACCUCGGACCUUUUGCCUUUGGUUCAAAUGUCAACUUUGUUGUUGGCAACAAUGGAAGUGGAAAGAGUGCCAUUCUGACCGCUCUUAUAGUUGCUUUAGGUGGGAAUGCACAGGCAACAAACAGAGGAUUAUCCCUGAAGGGUUUUGUGAAGCAAGGAGAAAGCUCAGCAGAUGUGUCGAUCACCCUGCGCAACAAAGGAAGAGAUGCAUAUAAAUCUGAGGUGUACGGUUCUGCCAUCGUUGUUGACCUGAGAAUAACACGAGAGGGGUUAAGGACUUACAAACUGAGAGCUAAGUCAGGUCAAAUUAUUUCAACCAAGAAGGAGGAGCUCAUUUCCAUCCUGGACAAUUUUAACAUACAGGUCAACAAUCCGGUGUCGGUUCUGACUCAAGAGAUGAGCAAAUACUUCCUGCACUCCAAAGGAGAGGGAGAUAAAUAUAGGUUUUUUAUGAAAGCUACCCAGCUGGAGCAGAUGAGAGAGGACUUUGUCUACAUCAAAACCACCAAGAAUGUCACAGAAGAAAAAAUCCAGCAGCAUAGUGAAUGCUUGAAAGACUUGAAGAGGAAGUACCUGGAGAAAGAAGAGCGUUACAAGAGCCUGUCGUCACUGGAUGAAAUGCAAACCAAGCUGGGGGAGUUGCAGAAGCAAAUGGCUUGGGCUUUGGUGGCCGAACUGGAGAAGCAGUCAGAGCCCUUAAAGGCGAAGCUGCAGACAGACAGACGUGAUACAGAGAAAUAUGAUCAGAAGGUGGAUGAAUGGACGAGAAAGGUCACAGAGGCCGAGGAGAAGCACAGGCAGAUCCAAGAACGGUUGGAGGGAAUUACCCAGCAAGUCCAGGAGCUGCAGCCCAGUAGUGCUGAGCUGAAGGCCGAAGUCCAGAGACAGAACACUCAGCUGAAGUCAAGCGAGGUCACUGUCCACAGAUGCAAGGUGAACCUGAGAGACCUGGAGAAGGACAAAGUUCAGCUGUCCUCACGAUUGAACGAUCUCAAGUUGAGCAUCAACCAGACAACAGGAGCGGAGAGCCAGGCCAGGACGGAGCGUAUGGAGCAGAUACAGGCCGAGCUGGAGGACCUCAGUCACCAUGUCUCCACUCUGGGUGUGCAGAUUGACCAGUAUCAAAAUGCCUGUAGUCGUGCAAAGGAAGAACAAGGAAAGAUGAGGAGAGAGCAUGAGGUGCUCCAGAGAUCCAUUGAAGCCAAAAGAAGAAACCUGCUGACUCUGGAGAGUAGUCGGUCCAAUCGCCUUCGUCGUUUCGGAGAACACAUGCCUGCACUUCUCGGUGCCAUUCAGGAAGCUUAUGACAGGGGCAGGUUCAAACACAAACCCCGAGGACCUCUGGGUAACCUUAUCAGCCUGAAGGACCCCGAGCUGGCCCUGGCUGUAGAGGUAUGUCUUAAAGGCCAGCUGCAGGCCUUCACCUGUGAUAACCAUGAUGAUGAGAAGGUGCUGCAGGGCCUCAUGGGCAGGGUGUUCACAUCUGGUCGUAGACCUGCCAUCAUCACCAGCGCUUUUAUCCAACAAGUCCACGACACAAGAAGGAGGGGCGUGCAUCACCCUGAUUACCCCUCUGUGCUGCAAGCUCUAGAAAUUGAGGAUCCAGUGGUGGCCAACUGCCUGAUCGAUCAGAGGGGUAUAGAGUGCAUUCUCCUCAUUAAGAAUCGCACAGAGGCUCGUAAAGUGAUGCAGGGCAGGAACCCUCCUCAGAACUGCACCCAGGCCUACUCUAAGGAUGGAGAUCAGAUCUUCAAUAACCGCAGUUACACUGCUGAGCAGACAAGAGCCAACUACCUGUCAGGAGAUGUGGAGGAGGAGAUCAGGCACUCGCAGAGGGAGAUGGAGAACCAGAAGGGUCAGGCAAACCGUUUCCAGCAACAGAUGAAAAAGUUAGAUGAAGAUGUCAACAAGAACGAGGGGCUGCUGAGAAGGACCCACAUCGAGCAGAAGACAACCAAAGAUAAGCUCACUAAGUUACAACUGGAGCUAACAGACCUAAAAAAUGUGGAAGAACCUCAGUCAGAGGACCUCCGGCCCCUGGAGGAAGACCUUCAGGAGAUCAUCUCUAAGAUCUCAUCAAAGCGUGCCGAGUACGAUGAGGCACGGGCUCAGAUGGCCGAUCUCAAGGCCCGCUAUGACAAGGCAGAGCAGGAGUACAAGCAGCACAAGGAGCAGAUCAACACAGUCACGGAGGAGGUCGAUUCAAUAAAGGAGGAGCUGAAUAAGACCGAUCAGGAGAUGAUGAAGUGCAAGCAUCACAAAAAACAUUACGACGAGAAGCGCAGCGGUCAUCUGCGAAACAUACAGACACAAGAGGGCAAUCUGGAAAGCAAGGAGCAGGAACUUCAGACAUCCAUUUUUAAAGCCACAGAAAUCUGUCCAGAGCGUAUGACGGUACGGCGGACACCCGGGGCUCUGGACAGUGAGAUCAGCCGUCUCAAAGUGAAGAUUACAACACAGCAAGAACAACAAGGGGACAGAGAGGAGGUUGUAAGACAGUACAAAGAGGCUCUGGAGAACUACAACAGCAUGGCUCAGCAAAUGAAGUACCUCAACAGCUUCAUCAAAAGUCUGGACAGUGUCAUGAAGCAAAGACUCCAGGCGUACACUGAGCUCAGGAGGUUCCUCUCAGCUCGCUGUAAAUACUACUUUGACAGCACACUGGCCCAGAGAGGCUACACUGGAAGUAUGACCUUUGAUCACAAGAAUGAAACUCUCUCCAUCUCAGUGCAGCCCGGUCAGGGUAACAAGGCUGACUUGAGCGACAUGCGCACCCUGUCUGGGGGCGAGCGCUCCUUCUCUACGGUUUGCUUCGUCCUCUCUCUGUGGGCCAUCACAGAGGCGCCUUUCCGCUGCCUUGACGAAUUUGAUGUUUUCAUGGACAUGGUGAACAGGAGGAUAUCGAUGGACAUGCUGUUGAAGGUGGCUGCUGGACAGCGCUACAGACAAUUCAUUUUCCUCACACCGCAGAGCAUGGGUUCUCUUCCAGUGAGCAGAAUCAUCCGCAUCCUUCGUCUCAAAGAUCCCGAUCGGGGCAAUAACAAUGCACAAAGAGGUGAAGACGAGGAGAACUAGUGUCCCUGACACGACUCAGACCCUUCACCGAGCGCCAAGAAGGCCUGCAUGAGAGGAAGGCAGGGUGGCGUGUUGAUUCUCAUCUUCUGGGAAUAAGUGUUAAGUGCUGCUACGGUGGUCUUUAAUCAUUAAGUGGGAUUCAGAUUUGAGAACAUUUGUCCUUUUUAAAGAGGAAUAAUUGUUCAAAGUGUGUUAAUUUUUUGUAAUAUAACAUGGAGCACCAGUUAAACGUUUUGAGCACUGUUAUAUCCAACUGAGGAAAGUAUUUUUAUAUAUUUACAAAAGUGUGUUCCAUGUCCUGAACGUUCAAAUGGUUAAAGAUAAAAAUGUACAAAAUAUUUUGUGUUUAUUAAACUAAAGAAAAAAUAAA